AUGACACUUCAAUCACCGCUGACGAGCACCAAGAAAGUGUUUGACAACCCGUCGUCUCCUGCGUCCUACAUCCUGACGUACCUCGACACGAAGCCGCCAUCUUCGAAGCUUGCCAUUGGAACGACGACGGCCGUGCCUCCGACACCCCAGUCCUUUCGGGAGAACCACCACUUUGUCGAGAUCCUGGACCAAGUUGUCCAAGAAUAUGGCCACCUUGACGAGGACGUAGUAUCUCAAGCGAGGGCCUUUGCCAGUCCUGGCGGAUUCAACUUGGGGUCCGGGGGCUCGUUCUUCGCGCAACACCGGCCCGGCAGAGGCAGCUCUCGGAAGCAGGGCGGAGGUGGUGGUGCGGGAGGGUCAGGGGCUGGGGGUGCCAGCGCACAGGGAGGCGCUGGAGGCGGGGGCAGAGGAGGAUGGGUUCAUCUGAGCGACCGAAGGAACCCCCCAGACUUUGGAAGAAUAGCCUGGCCCGAGGACAUCCUGGGGAGCGUCGAGGUGGACGGGUCUGGCAACGUUGUGGGCAAGGUGCAGCCCAGUGGAACCUACCGGAUCGUGACCAACGAGGGCAUCCUUGGUCUAAGCCCAUUUUUGACAGAGAAGCUGGUGGCGAGGCUCAAGGAGGAGGAGGGCAAAGAGCGAGGGUCGUGA